AUGUCGUCGCCAAGAAAGCUUCCAUUAGAUGUGGAAGAAGAGAUACUUGUUCGAGUUCCACCUCACUCUCUUGUUCGGUUCAGAUCCGUUUGCAAAGCAUGGAACACUCUUUACAACGACAAAAGAUUUGCCAACAAACAGUUGUCUUUCGCUCGGCCAGAGUUCUUGUUAAAGACACAUUCCCAUAUUUAUUUAAUAAGCGUCGAUCUCAACAACGACGAUCCAACUUCAAAAGUGACUGAUUUAUGCUUUGAUGAUUUACGCGGUCUCGGUUAUGAUCUUUAUGGGGUCUGCGAUGGUUAUAUCUUACUGUGUGAUUCUUAUAAUGAAGGCGGAUACGUUGUUUGGCACCCAUUGUUGAGACAGACUAAAUGGAUUGCCUGGAAUGGGAAAUCUACAUGGGUCGAGAGCUUAGGUUACGAUGGUAGUAGUCUCGAAAAGAGUUACAAGGUUAUUGCGACGUAUGAUCAUACUUAUAUUAAUCCAUUUGAUGACGACUUUGUUAGGAGUUUUAAUGUCUUCAAAUUUGCUAGCAAUGUGUGGAAAGAAACUUAUUAUUCCAUUUCUUCCCAAGAGUAUAUGUCAAUAGAAGACAAUGAUAAGUCUAGCACGGUCUCCCUGAAUGGAAACUUGUACUGGACAGCUUAUUAUAGAGUAACGCUUGAGUAUUUCAUCCGAAUGCUCGAUUAUUCGAAAGAGGUAGUAAAGAAAUUUUGUAUUCUACCCUUUACGGCGAAUGGUAGCCAUAACUGUGGCCUCGCGAUAUACAAGGGAGAUCGGUUUUCAGCGUUACAACAAUGCACAAGCAGAAGAGUUGUCGAGAUUUGGGUGACAGAGAAGGAAAUUGGCAAUGGGGAUAAUGGAGAAGAUGUGGUGUGGGUCAAGUUCAUGACUAUUCCAAUACCUAAGUUUCCCAUGGUUUGCAACAACCGUUCUUCAAGUUACUUCGUGGAUCAUAAUUAUGUCUAUGGAAAGAGCUUUGUUAUGUGUUUUCUUGACAAGAAACCUAAACAAGCUUGGGUCUAUAUUGUGAGGGGCAAAGUGUGCAAAAAGUUUAAGAUUGAUCAAGUGGUACGUCAGAAGUUUCAAUCAUCUGUCUAUGUUCCUAGUUUGAUCACCAUUCCUAAUUUGGAGACUUUGGAUGAAGAUACUUAA